AUGGAGCAAAAUAAAACCAGUAAGGCCGAUGAGAUCGGACUUGCAGAAAAUUGCCAAGUAGAUCCCAAUGUCACUACGAUAUGGAAUCCGAACUUACAAAAUCAGCUAUACUUUGGUAGGCGUCUCAAAGAAUACAUAUUUGUGGGUUUUUGCAUGCUAUCACAAUUACUGAACCAGGCAGCGAUGACGCAAGCCAAUCCGUUGUUCAACGUAAUAUCUGAGGAUAUGGAAUCUAACGUUUCUCAGCAAGCAUGGCUCAUGGCUUCUUUUCCACUGGCCUCUGGUUCUUUUAUUUUAAUCAGCGGCAAAUUUGGCGAUGUUUACGGCCUCAAGAAAACUUUGCUUGUGGGCUAUGUCAUUGUUAUCAUAUGGUCCCUAAUCUGCGGAUUGAGCUCCUAUGCCCAUAACGUCGAUUUUUUUAUAGUUGCACGCUCUUUACAAGGCCUCGGUAUUGCCUUUAUUUUGCCCAACGUAAUGGGUAUCGUUGGCAGCGUUUAUGUGCCCAACACGAAGGCUAAGAACAUGGUGUUUAGUCUAAUAGGUUCUUGCGCACCCAUUGGAGCUACACUGGGGUGUGUAUUUUCGGGGCUGAUUGGGGCCAAAUCUGCAGUUUGGGCCUGGGCAUUUUACGCAUAUGCCCUUACAGCUGCCUUUAACUUCUGCGUGGCCAUUUGGAUUAUACCCAAUAAUAUUCCAAUCAAUGUUAAUAAGUCCAAAAUGGACUGGUUGGGUUCGAUGAUGGGUGUGGUCGGUUUAAUCAUGUUAAACUUUGUAUGGAACCAGGCGCCCAUUGAUGGCUGGAACAAGGCCUACAUAAUUGUUCUGCUGGUAAUUUCUCUGUUAAUUCUCACGGCGUUUUUCAUCUACGAGGCCAAAUAUGCUAAGGACCCAUUAUUGCCACGCGUUGCGAUGCAAAAUCGCCGGUUACUGAUGAUUUUAGCAUCUCUAUUCUUCGGGUGGGGUUCAUUUGGUAUUUGGACAUUCUACUACAUGUCCUUCAUCUUGAAUCUCAGACAUUACUCGCCUCUGUGGGCUGGUAGCACUUACUUUAUGUUUGCCAUAUGGGGUAUUGUGGCAUCGCUGCUGGUCGGUUAUACCAUACACAAAACGGGACCUGCGGUCAUCUUGUUUGCUUCUAUGAUUGCUUUCAAUUGUGGAUGUAUUAUGCUGGCUGUGACGCCUGUUCAUCAAACUUAUUUUCGGAUGACUUUGGGCAUCAUGGUUAUACUUAGCUUUGGAAUGGACUUAUCGUUUCCGGCGGCUUCUAUCAUCCUGAGCGAUGUCUUGCCUAGCCAAUACCAAGGUAUGGCCGGUUCUUUAGUGAGUACCAUGGUCAGCUACUCUAGCUCGAUAUGUUUGGGCAUGGGAAGCACCGCAGAACGCUACAUUAACAAGGACGGAACAGAAUUGCUAAAGGGCUAUAGGGCAGCUUUAUAUGUUGGGAUUGGUUUGGCGUCUGUUGCAGUAUUCAUUAGUGGCUGGUACUUGAUUGAAGAGCGGUGGCGAAGUCGUAUUCAAAGACUGACAGAUGAUUCAAAGAGCAUAUCACAACUGGAGUAA